AUGGCAACUGCUUUGCCCUCUGCCUCCUUGACUUGUUGUUGCGUCAUGUUGAUUGCUCCUUCAAGAUUCCUCAUUUUCUCGGCGAUAGAGUCCUCCAGAUGCUCCUUGAUCCAGGUGAGAUCAGAUGCCACUGCUCUCUUGACAGCCGAAAUGUGCUGCGGAGUGACUGUCGAAUUGUCCGUGACUCUACCAGCCGACGCCGUAACUGCCCAUGGAGGGCGGGUAUCACCAUGUCCACGACGGGACAUUGUUGAACGCUCCGAUUGA